AUGGAGAAAGGGAGCAAAUUAGAAGAAAGGUUGAUAAUAGUGAAAGGGAAAUUAGGAGAUGAAGAAUUAGAUGUGAAAAAAAGGGUUUGGGAUGAAACAAAGAAGAUAUGGAUAGUGGCUUUUCCGGGGAUGUUAGCUAGAGCCAGCAAUUUUGGCAUGAUUGUUAUUACUCAAGCGGUUAUUGGACAUGUUAGCGCUCUCGAAUUGGCUGCAUUUGCUAUGGUUCAAUCUUUAAUUGUUCGCUUUGUUAAUGGAGUUCUUAUUGGAAUGUCAAGUGCCACGGAAACUCUAUGCGGUCAAGCAUUCGGGGCAGGGCAACACCACAUGAUGGGCAUAUAUCUACAACGAUCAUGGAUAGUAAACCUAAUCACGGUCACACUCCUCAUGCCCCUUUUCAUCUUUGCGGGUCCUAUCUUCGUCGCACUUGGACAAGAAAAAGAUGUUUCAAUCGCCUCUCAAACCAUGUCUAUUUGGCUAAUCCCCGUCGUGUAUUUAUUUGUGUUCUCUCUCACAAUUCAGAUGUACCUUCAAGCUCAACUCAAGAACAUGAUCGUUGCAUGGCUCUCCAUUGUCUCUUUUAUCGUCCAAAUCUUCUUCUCAUGGCUCUUUGUCUUUAAACUAAAUUUAGGUAUCCCUGGUGCUCUCGGGUCCCUUAUUCUUUCCAACUUCGUGGUGGUCUUAGGCGAGUUUGUCUACAUUUGUUGCGGCGGUUGUCCUCUUUCUUGGAAAGGUUUAACCUUAGAUGCAUUUUCUCAACUCUGGCCGGUCAUUAAGCUCUCUGUUUCGUCGGGCAUUAUGCUAUGGUAA